AUGAAUCAUCUCCCGAGACCCCUCCAACCUCUCAGCCCCGAGCUGUCGUUCCCAUGUCGCUGCGACCCGACCGCCGUCGCCGUCGACAAUGGUGCGCUGGAGACAUAUCCCGAGCGACGAGGCUACCGGCUCAACUACUGGGGCGAGCUCAACUUUGCCAAUAUCCUGACAUUGGCUGAUGGAUCCAAACCGAGCGUCGAGCAGGCCACCAGGUUGCUGCAGGAAUGGUUGUUUUUCGGUCUCUUGCGGGCCAUACAUUCCAUCUAUGACGAUGACUUUGACGCCCGGGAUUAUAUCACUACCGAUACUACUGGCACUGGUUCUGGCUCUGACCACGGCGGCACUAUCACUGACGAUGACUUUGACACCCAAGAUUAUAUUGACACCACUAUCACUGGCACUGGCUCUGGCUCUGACGACGACAGCACUAUCAAUGGUUCUGACGACGAUGGCGAUGACUUUGACGCCCAAGAUUAUAUUGAUACCACUAUCACUAUCACUGACGACGACGGCGGCGGCACCACCAGUGGCUCUCACGACGACGGCACUAUCACUGGCUCUGACGACGACGGCGGUGGCUGCGCCACCACCACCACCACAUACCUCACCCUCGAAAAACUUCCACAACACGCCAACACCUGGCUCCAACUAGAGGGCGAGCGACCCAAGACCGUGCGCAGACAACACUUGCACGCGGUCGAGGCGCACUUGAUGCGCGCGUCCAUGUUCCUCACCAACAAUUUCACCGCCUUCGACCAUGGAGGCAUCGAGCCCAUGUCCGGGCCGACGCGUGUCGUGCCCGACCAGUCCAAGCUGGCCCUCGAGGCCGACUUGGAGAUUCUGCUCGUCGUGCUCGUCGAGUCGCUCGAGUGGAUUUGCAGGCGGAUCUGGUUGGGCGAGAGUCAGUCUUCGCCGGUAGCCCCGAGUCCAGAGUUCGUGUGUCGCGCGACGCGGCGUCUGAUGGACCGUCGGAACUGGUGUCCGAGCGAGCUGAAUCUCAUGGACGUCGCCUUCGAUAAUGGCACCUUUUGCUUUGCGAGUCGAGUGGCGCGCGGAUCGGGAUCCAUAUCGGGAUCCAUAUCGAAGUCCACGUCCAAGUCCAAGUCUAAAUCCACGUCCAAGUCUGACUCCGAGUCCAAGUCUAAAUCCACCGCCGCCACACAUUCGCAAUGCACCUGGAACAAAUGUCUGGCUUUUCAGAUGGACGUGGCUACUUACCGAACAGCACAUACUGCGGCGUGCGAGGGCUGCCACGAACUACGUAUCGACGACGGCCAACUGGCGACCAUCUUGGAGCGGGAUGGCCAUGACAUUGAAGGGCGGCCGGUUCAUCCACGCGUCAAGAUCACAGUGAGUGCGAGUGGGAGUGCGAGUGUGAGUGGGAGUGCGAGUGGCAGUGGGAGUGCCAGUGUCGAGGAUGGCGACCAAGUCACGCUCUCUCUGACGGAUCAGGGAGACUACGUCGCCAUCUCCCACGUCUGGUCUGAUGGCCUGGGUCAUCCGCCGGGGGUGAAUUCAUUGCCGGCGUGUCAGGUCCGCCGGCUGCGAUCGCUCGUCCUCCAAACACAGACAAGGACAAGGACAGGAACAGGAACAGGAACAGGAACAGGAACAGGAACAGGAACAGGAACAGGAACAGGAACAGGAACAGGAACAGAAACUGGAAGAUGGUCUGGGCAGGAGGAUGUAGGGCCGGACGCAAAGUCGAACGCAAACGCAGAGGCCGUGAUCUGGAUCGACUCCCUCUGCGUACCGGCCAACCUCGGCCUCGCCAAACGACAAGCCCUGGCCCGAAUGGCCUCUGUCUACCGCGGGGCAAAGACGGUGUUGGUUCUCGACUCGGACUUGAUGGCCGUGCCGUCGUGGUGUACGAACGAGGAACUCCUGCUCCGGGUCGCGCUGUGCACGUGGAUGCGGCGACUGUGGACGCUGGAAGAGGGCGUGGUGGCCCAAUCCAGUUCCAGAAGCAGAACCAGUACCAUGUCCAGGUCCAGGUCCAGCUCUCAAUCUCAGUCCCAGUCCAGCUUCAAACUACUAUUCCAGUUCUCCGACCGCGCAAUCCCACUUCCGGCUCCUCGCCCCCCGUUCGUCGACAGUAUCUCAUCGCACUGUGCGGCCUUGAUCUCGCAGUACCUACCUACCGACACGGACAUGAUGUCUGUCAUCACGGCGCUCCAUUUCCGCUCGACGUCCUGGAGCGCCGACGAGCCGCUCUGCAUCGGCUACAUCCUCGACCUGGACGUGACGACGAUCGUGGAUGUGGAGGAUCCUCGGUUGCGGAUGGCGGAACUAUAUCGUCUACUGGCCAAGAAGACGACGGGGAUGGUUUUAGAUGACGACAAGGACAAGAAGAGGAUAACUUUAGACGACGACAACAAGAAGAAGACGAAGACGAAGACGGUGAUGACUUUAGACGACAAGGACAAAAACGAGAAGACGACUACGACGAUGGCUUCAGACAACAAGAAGAGGAAGACUUCUUCAUCCUUUCCCUUCCAGUUUUUCUUCACGCGCGAGGAAAAACUCGACCUCUUCCCCUUCAGCUGGGCUCCGCUGUCCUUGAUGAACCUGCACCCCCACGACGUCCACUAUCUACAGGGUACUGGUAGUGGGCCGGAGGGCGGCGUGGUCACCACUCCGACCGAUCGAGGUCUGCAGUUCCGAUGGACGGGACCGUCCACCAUCGACAGCAGCAGCACCACUACCAGCAGCACAGGCAGCACCACCACCACCACCACCGGCAGAGGCACCACCGGCACCAUCAAGAAAUGCAUGAUCCUCCGAAUCGACGCUGUCUCAUACGUCCUCUGCCCCGUCCCCCGCGGCGCCAACUGUCGCAGCCACCCCCGGUUCUGGGCCGAUCCUGACCAACAAUUGCGCCUGGACGCCGACCCAGCCCACGACUGGACCGACCGCUGGAGAGCCAACUAUGGGUAUCGGCCGCCGGGGAAAUGGGGCCUGAUCUAUUCGGAGGGGGCGCAGUAUGGGGUGAUGGUGGCGACGAGGGAGUUUGCCAUCAAUAACCAAAAGCAGAGUCAAACGCAGAAUCAACACCAGAACCAAAAUCAGAAUCAGCCCCAAAAUCAACCCAACCCAAUCAUCUACGCAUCCCUCGUCGGCCAGGUCUACAUGUACGAGAUCCGCACGUCGUCGUCCGCCUUCGCCGCCGGCAUCAAUAGCGACAUGUGGGGCCAGGUUGGUAUUCCUGUUCCGGAGCUGGACGAGCAGCGCAUGCGGGAGGACCAGGACCGCGCGGAACGCGAUCUGUUGCUCGAUGGCCGGUAUUCUCGGGUCAAGUGCGAUUGGAGGUUGGAUGGGAGUGUUACGUGGUGUGUUGGUUGA